CGUUAACAGGUCACCAUCGUACAUCUAAAGCAAACAAAUAUACUAAUGAGAUGACUGCGCAGUUGCUGGUGGAAAAUGAGAUUUCUAUGCGGAACGAGUUCAGAAGCAGUUCCUUUGAUCGUGUACUAAUUUUUGCCGCAGAAGCUUUCGGACGGGUUACACCCUUGCGCUCGUUGAGCGAGGACGACGCGAACAAGAGGUUUAAGCGGCCCCCCAUUGUUUGAACAGUCAUACCGUUCAUUCCGCUGGUUGACCUGCGAGCGGCAACCUCAGGACGAAAAGCAAGUCCCCAAAUGGGUCGAAUAAUGCGCUGCAGAAGAUUCAAGGCCGAAGGGCGGGGUGAUGGUGAGGUAGGGGGUGGGGUAGUGGGAGACGAAACGUUUAGCGUGACCAGGAAGCCGACGUCACAAUGUUUCCAGACGUGCACGACACACCCGCGCGUCAAGCACGUUGGCAGCAGACACUAGGCUAGUGUCAGCCUCCUCCCCUAGUCCGUCGGUUUAGGAAGCGCAGAUCGUGCGUGGAUGCAGAACAUAGCCGAUCGAUGCCCCACGAUCCCCCAUCCCCAGCUGUCCCUCGCUCGUGGAGGUCAGACGUCCAGAGACGUGCUUGCUCACGCAUGCAGCCACCAGAAGACCGCGAAGACUACUCGGCAGUUGUUGGGUUUUUUUGUGCAGACAAUGACGGCGCAGGUUUUUCACAGUUCCUGAUCAUCCUCAUGGACACGCCUGAAAGGACAUCACCGAGAGCUUCCCCACCCCCAUCCCUGGUGUUGAAUCAUGCAUGCUUUUCGUCAUCAUUUAUGCACAUUGCACCGCUGUUUUUCGUAGCGGGACUGCCUGCAGGUCAUUCGUGUUCGUCGAUCAGCCUUCUGUUCACGUUUGCGCAUGACAACGAGACAGCUGUGGCGCAAAACCUCUCGAUCGCUGAUCGUGUGAACUGAUUUCAGACUGGAUGCUAAUCUAGUCACUUAGCAACGCCCACAGCGGGCCCUGACCGACAAACGUGUAAUCACUUGUUUUUGUUGUUACUGUUGUUAUUGUUUAAAGGUCUGAUGUAGUAUUCAUUUUUUGUUUCAAGUGACUGAGUACAGCUCAGGCCAAGAUGAUCUUUUCCAAAGUCUGGAUGAUUGUACCUUCCUUACGUUCUCCGGUACACACCUGCAAACAUCACUGUGUACAGGGAGAGCUAGGCCAGGAACACAGAUGCCAGGAUUGUACAGGAUACGUUUACGUUGUCAAGGUUUCAGUCAAUAGGCGAACUGGGACGAUAUGUUAAUUAAUGGUAUCUGUGGACGAACAUGGCUUCAUGAGUUUGACCUCUUCUUCGUGCAAAGUGAUGUUUGUGGGCGUGCAUUUGAAAACAGUACAGGGUAUUCGUGUAGACUGCCAAACACUAUCUUGCAUUAAGCUUUAGCCAGGUAUAAGAAAAGAAAUGUACCCACUAGUUCACGAAUGGACAAUUACCACUUUGACAAGAAAUGCCGUGAAGGUGACCACGUCUUCUCCUUGGCAGCUGCUCUCAGCAUUUAAUUGCAUCAAUAUAUAAGCCAUCUGACUUUAUUCCCAAUAAUUACAGUUAUAUACUGCUCGAAGUAACGUAGUUCGAAUGUGGUCUCAACAUACCUUUGAAUCAUACCUUCACAGUUGUCUUGAAUGGUUUGGAUCCUAGAAACUGUUGUAAUUGUAACUGUGGACAGGCUUGUCUCUGCGCCUAGCCGGAGAUUGUUUUAUUAGGUUGUGUACAUUGGGCAGUUCGCAGUAUGGUUAUGUAUGCAUGCGUGAGGUCUGGUGACAAGUUUCCGGUAGAUGAGGAGCAGACUUACAUCAUUAGUUCUGUUCUUAACCUUUUCGUCCACCUCAGCCAGACAAAAACUUCGUUUGUGAAACGUCCCUUUCCCCUUCCCCCAACUAACAUCACCACCACCACCACCUUCAUACGUUUGCACGCUUUGCACCCGCUUAGGGAAAAACGGCGUGAUGGUGACGAUGGUGCAUUCCUUAUAGUUUAAAGGUCAUCUUAAUGCAUUGUGUAUUUAACAGCUGUAUGGAAUAGUUUAAAGGUAGUCUUAAUCGACUGUGUACUUAAUCCUCGCUUUACAUUGGUCUUACAUUGUGUGAAUCCUAGCUUAUCGCUCUGUGCGGGCAUCCUCCCGAGAGAAGAGCGUUUUAUGGACAUUUCUUCGCUUUCCUUGUUUCCUGUCCGCUUAAACUCUCAAUACGGAGGCAUGCAGAAAGAAGUCUUUUUCAUAAUGCAGAGGCUUCAUCUUACCUUUACGGACACCGACCUUCCACUUUGCAGAUCACCUGUCGACGUAUCAAUGAAAGGGGGGCUCGUUUUACUGUUGCGAAGACGUGGGAAAGCCUCUGUUGCUUGUUUGAGGCUAGCUUUGUCAAAGCCAACUAGACGAAGGUCAGUUUGCCGAGAUGCUAAGCUGGAACCCUUAACCCACAGUCGCUGUUAUUUGCGCUACCUGACCGCCAUUAAACAUUUUUCAUCAUGGCCGUGUAUUCCCUGCCCGCCAGAUCCCCUUUCUUAAGGAUGCGACAAAAGUCAUUAAAAAAAAGGGAAAUUAACGAUGGACUUCAGUCGACGUCCAUUAUCUUAACAAGGAAAAUGCUAUAAAUAAACGUUAAUUACCUUAUCGACAUCUUUUCUAUUAUAACCCUGAUUAAAUUCUGGGCUGCCGGUAAGCCCUCGACUAAGGAAAGAGAAAGAGUGUGGGGUGGAACAUGGUAGUGUCAGGAGUUGCUGUGUCUACCCUACGAUCUCUGCCAAGCUGUUUCCCACUGAGACAGAAACAGGCGAACGAGAAAGCCUCAGCCAUAUCACUCCCUAAGCUGGUAGACUUUGACUGGCGUGUAGAUGUAAAGACAUCUUCAGAUGCAGUGGCCAGAAUGUCUGUUCCAACCUGCAUUCUUAACCUUCAGAUGGAAGGCAAUCUGGAAGGAAGGGACAGCCAGACAGAGUGGCAAAGUGUCAAUGUAGAAUUGUCAAAAGAGACGCUGGACACCAUGCUUGAUGGCUUGUCCAAAAUCCGCGAGCAGCUGGCUUCUGUUGCCAGGCGAUAGCAUUUUUCCACUCUAGAAAUAACUUGCUUAAAUUUUCAGUCAUGUUCAUUAUGGAGAAUGUAAUUUUUUAAUGCUAAGAAUUAGCUCAUUGCUUAAAUUAGAAUGGGUGACAAACAUUUUGAAGAGACAUGAAAAGAAAAGCUUUAUCAAAAUAUGAAUAGGGAAAGUGGCCAUUGCUUUUCUUCAAGUUUAAUUCAAGAAAAUUAUUUCUGGAUCAGAACACUAUUGCUUUUACAAAAGUGACCAAGUGCAAUCUUUAAUACCAUGACAUACACCUCAUCUUAGCUUUGUUUCUUCUGCACAUGGUUUUACACUAGCACAACAUGACACCUAGGUGCACUUUGUUUUUGUUCAAAUAAUUGGUUAAGCUUUGUUAGUUUUCCUUUCUCAGGUCAACUGGUCAUGGCCAGAAUAAGCAACUAGCUGUCAGCAACCCUAACCCUGUCUCAGAGCAGUAGACAUAUUAAGCCCUUGGUGGAAUGGCUGUUUGUGGGUGAUUUAGAAUAGUAAGUUUACCAUGCCAUACUGGCAUUAUUGUCAGGUACUAUUUCAAUUCAGGUUUAUAAAAACAAUGGGCCAUCCUUCAAGAACCAUGACAAACAGCAAGAAACUGAAGAAUUAAAGUGAUUGUCGCCUCCAACCCAUUCAGCCUGAUUUGGAUGGCUAGGGGAAAGAAAACCCUUGGUAGAUCACAUUAAAUGGAAUCUUUCCUACCAACCCUGCAAGAUAUCAGCCAGGAAACAGAUUGAGUGUGAGGACAGGCUAGUUUGAACAAGUAGAAGUCUCCUUUUUUGUAAUGCAAGAACUUGUGAGGAGAAACUGGUUGGAUUAGAUGGUCACUCCAUGCAGCAAUGGCGCUACAUAUGGUCAAGAGAAAACAUUUUAAACAUGGGACUUUGAAUGUUGUUGACUGGCAGUUGUGAACUAAAGACUCUUCUAAAGAUGUACUUGAGCCCAUCAUUUGCAAAAACGUUGAUAAAACUUAAACUGUUUAUUGAUUGUUUAACAUUUACAACAAAUAUUUUGCCUAAUGUGAUACUAUUUGUACAAUAAAAACAUCAAACAGUU